CCCUGUUUCCCCGAAAAUAAGACAUUCCGGGUAAUAAGCCCAUUUGGGCUUUUGAGCGCAUGCACUAAAAUAAGCCCCCCCCCCGAAAAUAAGGCCUUCUCGUAAAUAUUUAAAUGCAGAGCUGAAAAUCAGGUAAGAUGGCAAGAGGAGCCUCAUCUUGCUCCACACGCCCCAAAAUAAUAAGUCCUCCCCAAAAAUAAGGCCAAGCACUUAUUUCGGGGUCCCAAAAAAUAUAAGACAGGGUCUUAUUUUUGGGGAAACAUGGUAUAAUGCUCACUUUCUCUCUUUCAUGCAUCUUUACCACCAUCCAUUUCCAGUGCUUCCCAUUCUCUUUAAUUAAAAUUGGUUCUUGCUCUUGCUUAAUCUAAGACAAAGUUCCUCCAAGUGAUACGUAUUGAUCUUCAAGGUUGAUGGGAUUCUCUGUUGUUAUUGUUUGUAGCAUUAUUAGUUCAAGUGUUAUUUGUUUUCAUAUAAUAUUGGUGUGUGUGUGUCAAUUAACAGUCUCAAAUUUUAUGACAGGGUCAAUAUGCUGAAGAUUUGGGGAUCCUUGGUCUAAGGACCACAGCGAGUAACCUGCAAGACAUGCUAGGUCAAAAUGUGGUUGCGUGGUUUGUGGCUGUGUUUGUCAUACAAACAAGUUUUCUACCAUAAUAAAACAGGUGUUGCCAGCAUCAUUAUUUAAGGUCCCUUUGCUCUCCAAACAAUUUUUAGCUGGAGAAAUGUGUUUGGCUGCACAAAUAAUCCCCUCUAAAUGUGCAGAUAUCUAACAGUACAGGGAUUCACAAUAAUGGAUUAUGCAAUUUGUUUAAGCAUAUAAAGGUAAAGGAAAGUUUUCCCCUGUUCAGUCAUGUCCGACUUGAGGGGCCAGUGCUCAUCUCUGUUUCUUAGCCUAGAGAGCCAGCAUUAUCUGAAGACAUUUCUGUGUUCAUGUGGCCAGCAUGACUAAAUGUCGAGGUGCACAGAACGCUGUUACCUUCCCACUGAAAUGGUCAACACAGAGAAGAAAGAUAAAUCUAUUAUGGCUAUUCCCAUAGCAGUUAUUGAUUGUGAUCUCUUGCUAUAUGGACGUGGACAUAGGACACUGGAUCGCUUCAAGCUGGAAGAUGUUACUGAUGAAUAUCUUGUAUCUAUGUAUGGAUUUCCACGUCAGUUCAUUUAUCAUUUGGUGGAUCUUCUAGGUGCCAAUCUUUCUCGUCCUACUCAACGAUCCAGGGCCAUCAGCCCAGAGACACAGAUUCUCGCUGCAUUAGGUUUUUAUACUUCUGGCUCAUUUCAGACUCGCAUGGGAGAUGCCAUUGGCAUUAGCCAAGCAUCUAUGAGUCGCUGUGUUGCCAAUGUUACUGAUGCCUUGGUGGAAAGAGCCUCUCAGUUUAUUCAUUUCCCAGAGGAUGAAAUGUCAAUACAACAUAUGAAAGAUGAUUUUUAUGGGCUGGCAGGUAUGCCAGGCGUACUAGGAUUGGUUGAUUGCAAUCAUGUAGCGAUAAAGGCACCCAAUGCUGAGGAUUUAUCAUAUGUUAAUCGAAAGGGCCUUCAUUCUUUAAAUUGCCUGAUGGUGUGUAAUGCCAGGGGAAGGCUACUAAGUGCAGAAACACACUGGCCAGGAAGCCUGCAGGACUGCACUGUGCUUCAGCAAUCGGCUCUAAGAAACCAGUUUGAAGCUGGUAUACAGAAAGAUGGCUGGCUACUUGGUGAUAGUUCUUUCUUUCUUCGCACCUGGCUAAUGACUCCUCUGCAUAUUCCUGAAACACCUGCAGAGUACAGAUAUAAUAUGGCACAUUCAGCAACUCAUAAUAUUAUUGAACGAACAUUCAGAACACUCCAGGUUCGGUUCCGUUGUUUGGAUGGAUCAAAAGGGACAUUACAAUAUUCUCCAGAAAAAGCAGGUAACAUCAUCCUUGCUUGCUGCGUCCUUCAUAAUAUCUCUCUGGAGCAUGGAAUGGAUAUAUGGUCUUCCUCAUAUUCAGAACAAGUGGAACAUCCAGAGGAAGAAUAUGAGCACAUGGAAUCUCUUGACUCUGAAGCUGACAGAGUUCGCCAGGAAUUAUUGCUUACACAUUUUAGUUAACCAAAUUUGAGAAUAUCAAGUUGGUUUUAAGGAAAAAGAUAGAAGGAAAUAUAGUUUGAGGUUUUUUUUAUAGAAUUUGCCAAGAGGAUAAUAUUAUUUAUCAAUCGUUUGCAAAAAUAACAUUGAAUGUGUCCAUUUCUUAAAUAUUUUGAUUCUACUGUACAUGUUGCAUCUAUGAAAUUACAUGGUUGUCUUUAAUGUCCAUCUUUAUUAAAAAUAAUUAAAGAUAUACAGUAACAUUAUCUCUAAUAAGUUUAUUUUCCUGAUAAAAUGCUUUAUUUUGAAGUUUUGCAAAAUGUGAAAUUUUGUUUUCUUUAAAAUUAAAUU